AUGAGAUUUAAUUAUGUCCCAUACAAGCUGUAUAGUAAGUCGGUGAAAACUGAUGGGAAGACUGAUGGGGACAUGCAGUAUCGGGAGUCAGGGAAGACUGAUGGGGACAGGCAGCAUCGGGAGUCAGGGAAGAUAGAUAAGGACAGGGAGUAUCGGGAGUCAGGGAAGACAGAUGGGGACACGCAGUGUCGUGAAUCAGGGAAGACAGAUGGGGACAAGCAGUGUCGGGAGUCAGGGAAGGCAGUUCGGGAUAUGCAGUGUCGGGAGUUGGUGGAAGACAGAUGGGGACAGGCAGUAUCGGGAGUUGGUGGAAGACUGAUAGGGACAGGCUGUGUCGGGAGUCAGGGAAGACAGAUGGGGACAUGCAGUAUCGGGAGUCAGGGAAGACAGAUGGGGACAGGCAGUAUCGGGAGUCAGGGAAGACAGAUGGGGACACGCAGUGUCGGGAAUCAGGGAAGACAGAUGGGAACAAGCAGUGUCGGGAGUCAGGGAAGACAGAUGGGGAUAUGCAGUGUCGGGAGUUGGUGGAAGACAGAUGGGGACAAGCAGUGUCGGGAGUCAGGGAAGACAGAUGGGGACACGCAGUGUCGGGAAUCAGGGAAGACAGAUGGGGACAUGCAGUAUCGGGAGUCAGGGAAGACAGAUGGGGACAAGCAGUAUCGGGAGUCAGGGAAGACAGAUGGGGAUAUGCAGUAUCGGGAGUCAGGGAAGACAGAUGGGGACAGGCAGUAUCGGGAGUCAGGGAAGACAGAUGGGGACACGCAGUGUCGGGAAUCAGGGAAGACAGAUGGGAACAAGCAGUGUCGGGAGUCAGGGAAGACAGAUGGGGAUAUGCAGUGUCGGGAGUUGGUGGAAGACAGAUGGGGACAAGCAGUGUCGGGAGGAAGACAGAUGGGGACAGGCAGUAUCAGGAGUCACGGGGAGACAGAUGGGGAUAUGCAGUAUCGGGAGUCAGGGAAGGCAGAUGGGGAAAUGCAGUAUCGGGAGUCAGGGAAGACAGAUGGGGAUAUGCAGUAUCGGGAGUCAGGGAAGGCAGAUGGGGAUAUGCAGUAUCAGGAGUCAGGGAAGACAGAUGGGGAUAUGCAGUAUCGGGAGUCAGGGAAGACAGAUGGGGACAAGCAGUAUCGGGAGUCAGGGGAGACAGAUGGGGACAAGCAUUUUCGGGAGUCAGGGAAGACAGAUGGGGAUAUGCAGUAUCGGGAGUCAGGGAAGGCAGAUGGGGACAGGCAGUAUCGGGAGUCAGGGAAGACAGAUGGGGACAGGCAGUAUCGGGAGUCAGGGAAGGCAGAUGGGGACAGGCAGUAUCGGGAGUCAGGGAAGACAGAUGGGGACAUGCAGUGUCGGGUGUCAGCAAAGACAGAUGUGAACAAGCUUUAUGGCAUUCGUUACCAUCCUUCAUAUCACAUUUAA